CCGGGGCUCGGGCUUUGCACCCGGCGGCGGCUGAGAGCAGUGGCGGCUGCGGAGCGGGCAGCGCAGGCGGGCGGAGCGGAGCUGCCCGGCCCGGUGGCGGGUGAUGCCCCCGUGAGCCUCUGUCGCCGCCCCUCCCCGCCCCGCGCCCCUACCCUCUCGGAGUCCGCCGCCCGCCUGGCACCGGGCCGGCCGCGCCUACCGCCGGGUCCGCGGGGCGGGGUCCUGGGGCAGCACCUGCCCCGCCUUGAGGAGCCGCCCGGGCCGGCGGAGAGCCCUCCCGGCCUGGACCCCCGGCCUCACCUCGGGACUUAUCACAUAGCCUCCUACAGGGAGCUGCCCUGAUUGCCUUCACAUCCUUUCUGGAAAGCUGGAAUCUUGGCAGCAGCCAGUUGAAGACUUGAGUGCACGCCCGAGAGGCAAGCUAUAGGGGGGGGUGAGCCCCCUGGGAUGCAGCACCCCACGAGCAGAUUCAUCAGUUUGAGCUGCCUGAGAGCCGACCGCUGGGCAGAUCAUGUUUAGCGGGGAGCCGGGGCCGGCCUCGGCCGCAGCCUCCAGGAACGUGGUGCGGAGCUCCAGCAUCAGCGGCGAGAUCUGCGGCGCCCAGCAGGCGGCCGGCGCGCCCGGGACCAGCGUGGCCAAGAAGCGGCGCAGCAGCCUGGGCGCCAAGAUGGUGGCCAUCGUGGGCCUGACGCAGUGGAGCAAGAGCGCGCUGCCCCUGCCCACCCCGGAAGGGACCACGAAGAAGCUGCGCAGCAACAUCCGGCGGAGCACAGAGACGGGCAUCGCGGUGGAGAUGCGGAGCCGGGUCACGCGCCAGGGCAGCCGCGAGUCCACGGACGGCAGCACCAACAGCAACAGCUCGGAGGGCACGUUCAUCUUCCCAACCACCCGCCUCGGGGCUGAGAGUCAGUUCAGUGAUUUCCUGGAUGGGCUGGGACCGGCCCAGAUCGUGGGCCGACAGACACUGGCGACACCCCCCAUGGGGGACGUGCAUGUCGCCAUCAUGGAUCGGAGCGGCCAGCUGGAGGUGGAAGUGAUCGAGGCUCGGGGACUGACCCCCAAACCAGGCUCCAAAUCGCUCCCAGCCACCUAUAUCAAGGUCUACCUGCUUGAGAACGGGGCCUGUCUGGCCAAAAAGAAGACAAAGGUGGCCAAGAAGACCUGUGACCCCCUGUACCAGCAGGCUCUGCUGUUUGACGAGGGCCCCCAAGGCAAGGAGCUGCAGGUGAUCGUGUGGGGAGACUACGGCCGCAUGGACCACAAGUGCUUCAUGGGCAUGGCCCAGAUCAUGCUGGACGAGCUGGACCUGAGCGCCGCGGUCACCGGCUGGUACAAACUCUUCCCCACGUCCUCGGUGGCAGACUCGACCCUUGGCUCGCUCACCAGGCGCCUGUCCCAGUCCUCCCUGGAGAGUGCCACCAGCCCGUCGUGCUCCUGAGGACCUCAGGAAGAGGACGGAUGUGCAGUGGGAAAGGGGCACCUGCAGCCCCCUCCCCGUCGCCCCCCUCCCCGUCUCCUUCCCUGUACAUAGUCUUCGCGUCUUUCUGGACUCCCUCCCCCUGCUGCAUGCCUGGUGGCUCCUGGGCUCGUCCCAGCUGGCAGUGGAGACGGUGGCGUGCGUGCCUGUGUGUCUCCGUGUGCGUGCGUGUCUCCCAUGUUCUAGCUGUCCGUGUGUCUGGGCCUCGUCCAUCUCGGUGGCUCCGUGGGCUGCAGUCCUGUCUGUGUCUCGUUGAAAAGAAACCCAAGGUGUGCAGGUCUCCCCCGAGUGCAGGGCUGGAAGUGGGGGCCCAGAGAGACUCAUCUGUGUGGCCCGGCGCCGAGCCCCGGGCAGGGCCUGCGUGCCCCCCAGGUCCCUUCUUGGUGGGCUCUGAUGACUUCUCUGUAUUGUCCUUUGUCCCCCGCCCGUGCCUCCCCCAGCAUUGCUGCUCUUUUUGAGGAAUGUAGUGUCCACCACAGCUGACCACUCCGAGGCCUCUGGGAACCCCAACACCCCGCCCCGCCCCCCUGCCGAGGCUGCCCCUUCCUGCAGUGCACUGCGGCAUGCGGCAUGCUCCGUGCUCGUCCGGCAUCCUGUGGGGACCCUGGGGCCAGGGAGAAGCUGAGCGCAUGCAAACAGCUUUCUCCCGGGGGCCUGGCCACCUCAGUGCUAACCAGCUCAUGAGGUCGGAGAUGCCAGGCUGGCGGGUGGAGGGCAGGGGGUGCUUCCUGUGGCAUUGUUCUUGGCCUCUCUCCCGCCGAGCUCCCACAUGCCAGAGGGGCACCCGUGGGCCCCAGGAGAGGUGGAGGGCCUGUCUGCUAGGAGGGGACAUCCGCCCAAGCAGCCAGUUCUUGGAGGCCCCGAGGGUGCCCGUCCCUGUCCCGACACCCUGGGGCUCAGGCCGAAGAGGUGCUGCGGACCUGGGUGGGGAGGAGGGCAGAUUCUCUGGGAGUCACGUGGCCCCUGUCCCCGCUCCCGGGCAUCGCUGCAGGAAGCUGAGCAUUUGGGGCUCUGUUCUGUUUUGUCAGUGGGGUUUUGUUUUUUUGUGUUUGCUCAUUUCCCGGCCAGGGUUCCUGCCUGGGAGCUCGGAUGUGCUUGGUCUCGGCCUCCUAGCUCCACAGACUCCUGGCUCUGGAGCCCAGACCACCGCCGUCACCAGCGCUGUACAAGCAAUACUCCCCUUGCCUGCCUGCCUUCUCGCACCCGCCGCCGCCCCCUAGAGAGCGGCCCGGCCUGCCCCGGCCCUCACCCACCUCUGCUGCUUUCCUCCCUGACCUGGACCGAGCCGCGCGGACCCCGACUUGACGGGCAGCUGGGCCCUGUCGGUGGGGAUGGUCUCAACUGACCCUGGUGUCUGCUGGGAAUCCCGAAGAUGGGUUCAGAAGUGCUCCAGUCGGCCCCCUCUCCCUGCCCAGGUCAAGGGUGAAAGGUGAAAGGUUCGGCCUCAGCCGUCCUUGGGUCUGUGUCUGGUGGAGAGAAGCGAGGCCAUUUCUCUGCUUCUUCCCCGACAUCAUCCCACGGGUAACGGUGACUGGCCUGGAGGCAGCAUCCGCUGUCUCAGCCCCAGUGCUCAGACGUCAUUUAACCAAAGCUAUAGAGGGGGAAGAGUGGGUUCUGAGGGAGGACGGAGGAGCUGCCGUCAUUUCUACUCAAGUGACCUCGUUUUCCCGGAGUGCCCCCCUGGGCUGACGUCAGAGCCUGUAGCCUCCCCCUGAAGGGAGCCCAGAGCCCAGACAGAGCUGGCUCGGGCAGGGAGGGCUCGGGGUGGGCAGCUGAGGCGCAGGGCUCGGUCCUCUGACCCGGGUGUAGAGAGGGAGGUGGUGCCACCUCCGAAGCGUCAUUUCAUGUCCUGUCUGCGGAACCUGCUCAGGAGAGCGCGAGAGUCUCCCUCGGAGAGAUGGAGGGUGGGUGUCUGGGAUGGUGUCCACGUCCGCUGAGGUGACCCCAGAUUGUGUGGCCACCCCCAGGGGGUGGGGGGAGAGACGGCUGGAGCUGCCAGUGGAGAGAUGGCCGUGGGAAAGAGCCGUGCUGGGAGUGUGGGCACAGGGGAAGCUGGGGCCAGGAGGGGUGCCGGGGGGCCUUUCAGGCUGAGCUGCCCAGGAAGUGGCCCUUGAGUCGACUAUGGGGGCUCCUACUCAUGAGCCCUUUGCACCGAGUCUCCUGGUUUCUCCCCUGGGCUGCAGCCCUGUGCUCCUGACGCGUCCCUACGACGGCUAGUGGUGCAGGGGCUUGUCUGAGGACACAGUCUCAGGAGGGGAGGGGGCCUGCCUGGCCUCCCCUGCUGGGGCACACGGGUCAUCUGAGGAGGAGGCGAGGAGCAGGAAGGCCCCCAACUCCUAGCUUGGGGCCAGCUGCCGCACCCUGGCUCCUCAUGCCCGUGGCCCUGGUGCGGGGGCUCUCUCCUUCCUUCCCCUGCUCAGCUGGGGGGUGUGGAGGGCUGGCCCUGGGCGAUGCGGUGGGGACCAGCAUGCAGGAGGUUCAGAGCACAUGUGGGCAUGUUUCUGCUCUGCCCGCCUGCCUCGCUGCCCUCCCAGACCCAUUCCCACGGGGACAUGCCUAAACCGGGCUCCGGUCAUUGGAACCGAGUUUUGGUUUGACAAGGGGGACUCAACCCUGGGAACAGCUCUCCCCUGGGAGACCCUCCCUGACUCUCCCACUCUCCUGGGGGAGGGAGGGGGGUGGUAGGGUGGCUCGUGGUGUGCCAGGCAGCAGCACCACUUCACAGGGCUGAGACAGAACCAGGAGCUGAGGGCGAGGCAGCCCACAUGGCCUGUGGGGUCACUCACGGGGUCUCUGCAGUGAGAGCGCUGACGGCAGGCCAGUUCCCCAGGACACCCUGCCCGAGCUCUUCCCCACUGCCAGCCCCGAGGAGGGCACAAGCCCCUCCCCCCCUUUGAAGGAUGGCAGUGACCUCCAAGGAAGGUAGCAACUUCCCUGGGAAGGUAGCACAGCCUGAGACUGUCUGUCAGGAGCCCUGGCACACACCGGGGACCUCUAGGCCCUGCUGCCCCUGACGUGCUGAGACCCCUCCCCUCCCACGGGGGUUCCCCACCUCCCGAUCCCUACAUGGCCCCAUCUCCCUUGGCCCCCAACGAAGCGGGACUCCGGGAAGGGCUGCCCCUUGGUUUCUCUGGUCCUGUCCAGGUGAGACAUCACUGCCUCACUCAGCCGCUGGACCAGUUGUUGCCCAUUUGGGGGACAGCAAUGGCGCCUCCUUCGGAAGCAGGAGCUGGUCCCGCUGCCAGCAGGGAGAGGAAGGGGCUGCAUCCUGCUCCCGGAUCCCCACAUGUAUAGAGGUUCUGUAAGAUGCUACUUCCUGUGCUGGAUUAUCUUUCACCACAUGCUGAGGGAGGAGGGGGCCAUGGGGACGCCUCCCUGUCUUCUCUCAGAAGAGAUUGGGACAAAACCAAAUCACCGUGACUGAAGGGCUGGGGACACUCCCCCUCCCCCCCUCCCCCAAAUCAGGUGAGACCGGAAGGGCCUGGCCUGGUCUUGCUUUGAAAGGGUUAUUUUGAACGUGUGCCUGAGCAUCUCAGAGCAAUGUCAGUGAUGCCAAAGAGAGCGACUCGGCCUCCUCAGGCACCAGCUUGACCCACGGGCCGGUUCACGCGGCCCAGAUUGUUGGCGCCUGCUGGUGCGACCUUGUUCUCUGACAAAGGGCUUAAUCUUUCCAUGUAGCAAAGUAACUCUCCCCCCUCCCCCCAACCCCCAAGCUCGGGACGUGUGUGCCUGUGAGGAACAACAUGAGACGGAGUUCCCUCGGGGAGGGGCCCCCGCCCCCCACCAGCUGGGGUCAGCACCCACCGGGAGGCACCAGCACUGCUGCUUGGGGGGACCUCUCCCAGUGCUCUGACUGGACCGUGGACAGUAAGAACAGGGGCCCGGGGCCUCCCAGGGAGUCCACACUGACAGAAAUAGGCUGUGGGAAUUCCAGGGGCCGCUGAGCAUCUGCCCCCAUGGCCGAGGGCCGGGCCAGCCGCACAUGGAGAAUCACAGUCAGAGCGUUUGCUGGUUGUUCUUUAGUUCCCUCCAGGUGUGCAGGGGCUGAGCCGGAGCCCAUGAGGGUGGUGGGACCCCUGGCUCCAGGUUGGCUUCCUCCAGCCCUGGCUGCUGGCGGCGCCUCAUCCGGUCCCCGCCCAGAUGCUGCUUCUGAGAGAACUGGGAAUGCAAACAGACUCUCUCACCUCCCUGAGGUCUGUCCUCCCUCCUCGACGCUGUGUAAUGCUACGAAGCGACCAAGGAUCGCCCGCAGCGGGCGAUUUUCAAGGUGCUGCCGAGAUUGUCCCGUGAGCUGCUGCCUGCGCGAGCCUGUGGCCCCCCACCAGCAGAGGAGGUGGCCCUCCUGCCUGUCUGCUUCCAGAAAGACAUCAGUGGGAGAGAGGAAGCUCUGAGGAGUCUCCAGAAAACGCGCUCCGCUGGGAGGAGGGGGAAGGGAGGGAACUUAAUUCCCUUCGAAGUAUUUUGCUUUAACAAAACAAAACAAAACAAAACAAAAAAGAAACCGCUCCUCUCUCCAGAUCGCCUUUUCCACAGACACCCUCUCAGAAGGCAGAGUUGGCUGUUGUUUAGGCAAAGUUGGCCCGAUCGUUCUAUCAACUCCUUUAGAAUGUAAACUCACAGGAGGCAGGAACCCCUUUUUUAGACUUUCCAAAUGCAUCCUGCAAAGAAAGGGAUAGCUGACAGGGACCGACAAGCACACUGUUUAGAUAAGAAGCAAUUAGCCUUUUAUAUCUGUGCUCUAGACAUUUUCUAUGUGCAGCCUCUUUCCAAACUCACGGCUCCUGGGUGGCAGGUGGACAGCUGGGAAGGACCACCGGCUGUUUCGUACCACGUUCUUGCCAAUCCCCUCGAGGAGAAAAUUCUUCACAUGGCUUCUGCAUGUACAGUAUUUGGGCAGCAAAAAAAAAAAAAAUGAUUAAAGUCACUUUGAAAAAUGA